AUGAAAGAGACUCUCCAAAACGCAAACUUUCCUCAAGACGGUGAAGGCCGUGUGUAUCACAUCAAUGUUAAGCGUGGUGAAGUAGCCAAUCGUAUUCUCACGGUGGGUGAUCAUGUACGUGCCCGAGCCAUUGCCAAGUGGCUUGACAGCGAAGCUGAAGCUGGCCAUCCCACUUUUAUCCAUACCAGCCAACGUGGAUUUCUUACGAUCACUGGUCGCUACAAAGGUGUGCCCAUCACCAUUAUGGCCAUUGGUAUGGGUAAUCCUAUGAUGGAUUUCUUUGUUCGUGAAACUCGUGCUGUGGUAACAGGCACUGUGGCCAUCAUCCGAUUUGGCUCUUGUGGUUCAUUGACGGAGCGUGCUCCUCCUGGCUCUGUGAUUGUGCCUCAUGGUGGUUAUUGUAUUCGACGCAACAUUGAUUACUUUUCGGAUCAUCCUAUCAACCAAGAUUUGAAAAAGUCGCCUUACAUCAUUUCAGGCACCUUUGCAGCUGACGCUGACAUGACACAUCGCUUGGCUGAUGCUGUGGAAACAGCAUUGAUGCCAUUGGUGGAAUCGGGUGAACCAGUGGGUCCCGUGAUCACCAGUGGAUUGAAUGCUGAUGGCUGCUCAUUCUAUUCGUCACAAGGUCGUCAAGAUCCUGCCUUUUGGGAUGAUAAUCAACAACUGAUCAAGCAAGCUAUGGCCACUCAUCCCGAUACCGUAUGUCUCGAAAUGGAAACAAGUAUGCUUUUCCACCUUGCCAAAUGUGCCACUGGAGUCAAAGCUGCUGGUUGUCACCAAGUCUUUGCCGAUCGUGUUGGUAAUGGAUUCAUCCGCCCUGAAGUUGUCAAGGUCCUUGAACCCGCUGUUGGUAAAGCUGUUCUCGAGGCUUUGAUUGCCACCAACGUUGAAGAUCAAAUGGAAGAAAUUGGCACUGUAUGGGAACGUGCUCCUUCAAAGUAG